UUUAUCAGUUUUUCAUGCAACAUACGUGUCCAUAACUUUUUAACGAUAGUGAUAUUGCCACGAAUUGUUUUUGUAAUACAAAUGAUGAUGAUUCAUGAAAAUGAGAAAGAAUCGCCGUGGGAUGUAGAAUUGCAUCUUUCAGCGGCUCGCGGUGAUGCGAAACGACUUCAAGUUCUCUUAGACUCGGGACGCGUUCAUGUCGAUUGUAAAGACAAGGACGGGACGACCCCACUCAUAUUAGCGGCUGCUGGGGGCCAUAUUGAAGCUGUUACCGAGCUAUUACAACAAGGGGCGGACCCGAAUGCCAAAAGGCUGACUGGAACGACUUCUUUAUUUUUCGCUGCUCAAGGCGGUUUCGUGGACAUUGUUACACUUCUCAUCGAGCAUGGUGCCAUCGUAGAUUCUUGCAGCAUUGAUGGUGGAACGCCGCUAUUUGUCGCCUGUCAAUGCGGUCAUUUGGAAGUUGUCCUGGAAUUGAUUGAAAAAGGUGCAAAUGUAAACGCUCAUAUGAAGGACGGUGCGACAGCGUUAUUCAUAGCAGCUCAGAAUGGUCACAUACGAAUAUUAGACAUAUUACUAUCUCAGGGGGCGAAAACUGAUGCAGCAAGAACGGAUGGAGCGACUCCACUCUGGAUAGCCGCUCAAAUGGGGCACGAUCAUGUCGUAAGAAGACUCUUGAAGGCCGGAGCCAAGGUUGAUGCUACCAGACACGACGGCGCCACUCCGCUCUUCAAAGCCGCUCAUAAAGGUCAUACUGCGGUCAUCGGGGAGUUGUUAAAGUACCGACCAUCUCUUGGUAUUCUUCCAAACGGUGAAAGUCCAUUGCACGCAGCAGCCUUGACUGGACAUAUGACGGUCGCGAGGCAAUUAGUUGGAGCUGGUGCUGAUCCUCUGCUUGUUAAUCAAGAGGGUGUUACACCACUUCAAGUUGCUAUCAGGCAUUCGCAAACUCAAGUUGCUAAUUAUCUAAAGGAUAAAAUUACCACUCGUACUGCAUCUCUACCGUCCAGAUUUACAGAAUUUUAA